UUUUAAAAAAAGGAAAAAACCACUUCAAAUAUCAAAGAAAAACACCAUCUUUCUCAUCCAAUUUCCCAUUUGAUUAUUUCUUACUAAUUUUUAUUAUUUAUUUUUAGAUAUAUGGAUGAUGAAAUGUAUGGUUUCCAUUCAACAAGUGAUUAUGCGGACAAAGCGUUGAUGUCACCAGACAAUUUGAUUAUGCAAACUGAAUACAACAACUUUCACAACUACAACAACUUGUCUCCUCAUCCUCCUAUCUUUGGAUCCGAUGAUGUUCAAUUAUCAUCCAACUCUACUCUUCAAAAUAAUAAUAGUUAUCAAAUUAGAGCUGGAAAUUUUGGCAGCGGUAGCAGCGCAAGGGAUGAUAAUAAUAAUAGUAAUAACAACAACAACGAGGAUCAUGAGGAAGAUGGUUCAAAUGUUAUCAAGGCUAAAAUCGUCUCACAUCCUUAUUAUCCUAAAUUACUUGACGCUUAUAUUGAUUGCCAAAAGGUUGGAGCACCACCAGGUAUAGCAAAUCUGCUAGAAGAAAUAAGGCAACAAAAUGAUUUUCGUAAACCAAACGCUACUUCUAUAUGUAUAGGAGCUGAUCCUGAACUAGAUGAGUUUAUGGAAAUGUACUGUGAUAUAUUGUUGAAGUAUAAGUCCGAUCUGUCUAGACCUUUCGAUGAAGCAACAACGUUCCUCAACAACAUUGAACUGCAACUCGGUAAUCUUUGCAAAGGUCAGUCAAACAUUAUAUGAAUACCAUAUUGUUUGUCUCCAUAUCUUUUAUACUAACUAGUAUAAUGGAAUAUCCUUAUACACAACACUA